AUGAGAUGUUGGUCAGGCCCACGCAUCUUCAAGGUUGUCAUUCGAACGCAUAUCAUUCUGGUCUCCAACACCAACGCGGGGAACAAUAUUCAGAUACGUCCCGUAGUCAACGCCGCCCCCUACAGGUUAUAUACCACUCACACACUUACAAACUCAUGGCAACGAUUAUCGACACCAGCAGGAGCCUGGAUCUCAGACUCAUCUGCUAUCACCCAGACUUAUUUUCCCGGCAUGUCGCAUCCACAAACUGGCUCUCAGCAGACAACCUCUAAGGGGGAAUCCACUCUAGCAAGACGACGAAAGACUGUUUCGCGCACUACAGUUCGUACCCAACUCGGUCAGCUGCGACCUAUCUACGACGGCAAGUCCAUGUGGCCCGAUCCAUACCACUUAUUCAUGAACAGUGAUAUCGCUAAAUGGAUUGAGGGGGCUUGA